AUGUUCAAUCGAGUCCUUUCGAUAAGGUGGGUCGUGACAGCUCUUGUGCAUGUAUUGAUGAUGCUUGUUGUGUUGAAUAUUCCAGUCCAUGCAGCAUCACCACAACCAGUAUUUACUCCUCUCGAAACUGUCUACAAGAAUUACUUGGUAGGCAAUGCCGUUCAAAAUGCAGAUUUCACUCUCACUCAAAACCUCCCAAAUGCAAGUCCAGUUCAAAAUUUCAAUCAAAUAUACUCGGGUUCCACCAUUCAAGUCAUUUCCUCUGGUGGUGCCGUGAGUGGCAAUGCAGUGAAAUUUGUUGGAGUGAACAACGGUUUGAGUCAAGGCAUUACCUUUAAUCAAUCCACUCGUAAAGUCAUUUACUAUUCCGCAUGGAGUAAGGCAGAAAAUGUAGGAGGAGUUCAAGAUCCCAGUUAUUCCUUCUAUUUGGAUAUUUUGUUUAUGGAUGGCAGUUCAUUAUUUGGUCAAACGUUGAAUUUUCCAGUGGGCAAUACUUCAUGGAGUAUGAAAUAUGCCUUUCUCAUUCCAGAGAAGCCAGUUAAGAGUUUGAGUAUGAAUAUAUUGUUUCGAGGUACACACUCUGGUUCCGCGUAUUUUUCAAAUUUGAUUAUUUCAGAGUUGAGUAUUCCGUAUGAAAAUGUUCAAGUGUUGGAUGGAAGUGUUGUUGCCAAAGUUGCCUAUUCUCCAUCACUCACUUCAUUGCAUACAUUGAGUACGAGUAAUGGUCUCUCAUUGAAAUUUUCAAAAAUUGAUGGAUCUCUAGUGGGGUUGAAUAUUGAUGGACAAACAGUGGCAUCUGACAGCUCUGCACAAUUUGGUGGUCUCUUCGUCAAGGACAUGCAAGUGCGUCUCAACGAGUCUAAAAUUUACUUACCCACUCCCACACAAAUUAUUACCUCAUCAAACAGCUUUCGAACUGAAUCCACUCUUCCUGAGCUGGGACUCGUGUUAAACACCACAUAUAAGGCUGAUCUUGAUUUAUCAAAAACCAUUUCCAUUCGAGUCGAUAUUGAAAAUACUUGGAUUCAAAAAGAUCGAUCUCUCACCUUGUUGGUUGCCAUUCCUGUCACAAAUAUGAAUCUCAACUGGAUGUGGGGAGAUUAUAUUCGAUCGUCACGGGACAUUGUGGACUUGAAUCCAAGAGAAUACCAUAGAAUGUCGGCACGUGUUUCUACAAAUGCUCAACUCGUGACUUCGUAUCCGUUUAUAGGAAUGUCCACCAAUGUGACAAGUGGUACCAAUGUUGGUCUCUCGUUGGCAAUUCCACUUUCUUCUCCAAAAAUUAUUCGAUUUGCUUACAACUCGAUUUGUAAAUUGUUGUAUGCCAGUGUAGAUAUUGGUAUUUCACCAAAAUCAGGCAUUUCCAACAAGGCAUGGUUCGAUUUGAUUUUGUACAAGCAUGACAAAUUGGAAACCACUAUUGGCGGAGUGACCACUACAACUCCGUAUCCAUUCCGUAACGCUGCUUUUGGUUAUUAUCAAAGAUAUCCUCAAUUCUUUACAAGAAGAAUACCUCCCGAAGAGGAAGGUGUAUGGAUUGCUUUCAGUGAUGUAAGCACCAUUCCAAACAUUACUGAUUUUGGUUUUGGAUUUCAUGAACUUGGAGCCGAUAAUCAAAUUAAUUUUGCCAAAGCUAAUGGAAUCAAAGGAUUACGAUACGUGACAGAACCAUUCUCUUCGUGGAUUAGAUUACGAAAUACUAACGUAGAUCCUAACAACUACACUCACGUGAUCGAAUACUUGACGCAACAAGCUCAGAAUCCAAAUUCUCCGAUUAAGGAACAAGCUCAACUCACUCUUGUUUCUACUAUUAAGGAUCCCGAUACAGGUUUGUAUCGCUGUACGAGUAUCGAUCGACCAUGGUGUCCCAAUAAGUGCGUGCUAUGUACAUUAUGUCCGCUGCCAAAUGUCAAACCAGCAAGUCAUCUUCCCAGCUAUUUUGUCAAUAAGGCAGAAGCAGAUUGGAACCCAACCGUUUGGGGCACGUACAACAAUCCUGCUUCUCUCUAUUACAACUUGAGUGGAGAAUUUGUCGAUUCAUUCUCAUCCAAUUCCUAUCUUAUUAACUACACUCCAGAGCAUGUGAAAGCUGUCAAUGAACCUUACUUGACAUUUGACGCUAAUCGACCUCAAUACGUUGGAAUUGCAGGAAUCUUUUCCACCUAUCUCUUCACUAAAACCAUUGGAGAGUUUUUGCAUUCACUUCCUACCAAGAAAUACUUUAUGGCCAAUGCAGCAGCAAGUAAUUCCAUUUCUUGGGGAGUCGAUUUGUUUGAUACCACUGGAACAGAAGUUGGAUGGGUGACCAAUGGCCAAUUCACACCUGCCAGUGAUGAAAGUGUGAGCUUUUCAAGAACAGUUUUUGGUCAGAAACCUUAUGGUUACUUGUUGAAUGAGCAUUACACGAGCUUGACCAGCUCCAUCAUGUUGCAAUAUUUCCAAUUUUGUCUGUUUUAUGGAAUGUAUCCUUCUUCGUUUAGUGAAGAUGCGAGUACUUCACCAUUCUGGUCCAUUCCAGCAGCGUAUGAACCUCAUCGAGCACUCUUUAAACAAUACAUUCCAUAUUUUAGGAGACUGAAUCAAAAUGGAUGGCAAAUAUUGACAGGAGUGAGGUUGUUAGUGAACGGAUCUAUGAUUGAUAGAGUUCAAGCAGAUUCAGUUACUGUGGCUCCUCCUGCUGUGAGAGUAGAGAGAUUUUCAAGUUUGUCCUCCACCCAAGAAGUCUAUUUCACAGUAAUGGUUUCACAAUCUGUCUACAAUUCAAGAAUUACCUUACUGUUUGAUGUGGAUGUCAUUUCGAAUGGCCAACUCAUAGUUCAAUGCGUUGCUUAUGCUGAUCCAAAUUUUGCCUCCUACACAGAAGUCAUUGUUGUCAAUAUGGGUCGAGCAAAGGCAGUUACGCCACCAACACCCAAUCCGAGUCCGUCACCUAUACCCAGCCCAAUUCCAUCACCAAAACCUUCGAAACCACUGCCAAAGCCAUCGAAAAGUGCAAAAUCAUCCAUUAAUCCAAGGGCAUCCCUCUCAAGAGAGGUGAAUGAAGGUGUUGCAAAGUGCUACCAAGUAGGCCUCUUGUUCACACUGUUACUCAUUGGAGUGCUGAUUUUCUAA